AUGCUCGGGCUGAUGCGGCAUUUCUUGACACUGGGCAGCAGGCGUUGGGAGGAGGCACAGUUGCUGCAGGUUGCCCGGAACGAGGACCGCGACUACAUCAUGUUGUCUGCCGCCCGAGGUGCAGAAGUUCAAGCGGCCAUGCGAGCUUUGAAAGACCUUCUCCACAAGCCCAUGCGAGCGAUCCCAACUGGAGAGGUGACUGCAGCGUUGGCUUCCCUGCGCUUCCGCUUGGGCUCAGCUGCAGUGUCUGCUAUGCAUGUCUUGAUUCGCACGCCCCGCCAGAACCUGCCGUACUGCAUGUUCGGUGUGUUGCAGAAGGAUGCUGCAGGUCGACAGGAAGCUCUCCGGAAGCUCACGUCAUUUCCACCCUGCAUGCAUGACAGUCUCUUCUCGCUCCUGCGGCAGCACUUCCCCAGCGAUGCAGACUUGGAGAGCAGCGACUUUGAAGCUGUUCUGACUGCGCUGGCGGCCGCUUACUGCGUGGACAUAAGCACCAUCGAGUCACGACAUGCCAGUUCUCGAGAAUUCACCCUCUUGAGAAGCAGAGGUUGGGUGCCAAAUCUGGAAGCUGUUGGAUCCAAAUUUGCAACGCAGCGCUAUGCCAAUGCGCCACCGGCCAGUGCACCACCGGAGAAGACUGCAGAGAAACCAAAGCAACCGCGCGGCGGCGGCGGUCCGUGGCGAGCAUUCGUUUCAGACCAGUCUGCCGGCCGCCAGUUCUCCAGCACCACUGCCUUGUCAGAGCAGUACCAUGCACUCGCUGAUCACGAAAAGCAGCGAUACAAAGACGCAGGAGCAGCCGGAACAGCAGCUCACCAAGCUGGGUUUCCCUCGUUUGGGGACUCACGGCGCCGACAGCAACGCCAACGCCUCCGUAGCUUGCCUCCGCCAGCUCGGGCGGGGGAGAUUCUGCCAGGAGGGGCUAUCGUUCUGCCGGACGUGGAACGUCCCAACCAGGUCGUGCCCUACAGCGGUCCGAGUUUCGAGGAGGAGCUGGAGCAGCACAUUGCGCAGAUCACUGCUCCCGGUAUCCUCGGCAACGAUGGUCUCAACGAGGCGGAAGUCUUGGAGAUAGAAAGCUUUCAGCAAGAUCUUCCAGCUGGCGCUCCUCUCCUUGCGGUGUUUGAGGGACAGAACGCUCUGCAGCAAAGUUUUUCCAGGGAUACCUUUUCAAGGACGCAGUCUCGCGGACUCUCCGAGCGUGGUGUCAGCAUCACGGGGUUGACAUGGACACCCCCGAUAGCACGCUUGGUGGAGGCAAGCUUGGGCAAGGGGAACUUGAGCACCAGGCGCAAGCUUGGGACCAACCAGCAGCUUGCGGAGCAAUGGAAGAAGCGGUGUAGCAUUUACCUGCAUGACAUGCAGCCGCCCAUAGACCCACGUGUGGUGCGCAUGCAUCGCAAAUCUGUGUGCUUGCAAGCUGGCAUAUGUGUGUGCCAGUCCGGCAAUCCAGAGAAAGGUCCUCAAUCCUGGCAGCUUUGCACAAGGCUUCGCAAGAAGCUCAAGCAGCUGUGCCCGAAGGGCAGCCACAGGCGCGGGCUUGUGGAUCAACGUCGGCUGGUGUUGGCUUGGUCUUCCGCUGAGAAGGAAGAAGUAUUGUUUUUUCACAUUGCUUACAUCAAUCUCACAACCUUGCACUUCGCAGGGCAGCAGCUGCACGAAGCAUCUGAGUUGGCUGAUGCGCAGCCUUUCCAACGCCAGGGUGUCUUGCAGUUGGCCAGCCAGACAGCGCGGCAGUGUGGAUCCGCAAUGGAUGUGUUCUCGGAUGUGCAGUUUAUUCAGGCUAAGCUGGAUUUUGAUGAAGCUUGGCGGGUGCAGCUGCACGAGAUUUCCGAGUUGGACCAGGAUUGGCUCAGUCACGAUCUUUUUCCUUACGCAGUGCCCGUGCGUCUGUUACGCGACGUGCCUCUCUUUGGCGUCUGGAGCGGUGGCGAUGAUCCAGCACGGAGGCAAGCUCCAGCCGAGAAGCCGCGUGCACAUCACCGCGCAGCUGCAUCAGCUCCUGCUCCGGACUCUUCCGAAGUGGCUGCCGACGUCGAAGAGCAGCCACAGGAACCGCUGUACGAGGAAGAAGCGGAUGAGAGUUCCUCAUCGCAGGGCUCGGAUGUCUUGAACGAGCUGGAGGAGGUUGAAGAGGGCGAUGAGUGGCAAGAUGUUGAAGAAGCUUUGAAUCCCGAGGCUGCGCAGCCUGCUGACAGGCUUCCUGCUGAAGAGGCCGAGCCGGCUGAACCCCCGGAAGCUGCAGCACCUCGUUCUCGUGCUCCCCCUGCGUCUGAUCCAAUAGCCGGAGAACAGUUCGAUGUGCCGGGGCUGGGGUCUGUGCGGUAUUUCCCACAUGCGAACAGACUGACGGCUGUAUGCAGGAGGCACCCGGACUGUCGUAUCACGAGGUCCACAUUAUCAAGCGAUUUCCAGACAAGGAAUUUUCGAGGCCAGGGCAGACCUAUUGGUCGUCUUGUCAGCUGGCUCCAAAAGCAGAAUGAAGCAGAGUUCUCUGAUGCGCGAAAACACAUCCAUGACUGUGUCCCCAGCUUGGAGGAGCGGCAGGCUGCCAGAGAAUACUUUCUGGGUUUGCCAAACGGCGGAGCCUUUGCGAUGCGAGCCGAGCGUCGCCCUCGCGACAACGAGCCCGACGAGCCGGAGUGCAUCCGGUAA